UUCAUACACUUUGUUAUAUCGUUGUUAUGGAAACUCAACGCUGAAUUGGAUUAGAAAUAAGGGGUACUAGUAGGAUAUUCGCAAAAUGUACAUGAUCGCCCAAUCAAAUUGAUAAUUUCGAAAAUGGGCGAACGAAUUAUACCAUCGCCUAAUUCACUGGUAAAGUACAGUACACCCGAAAUAGUAUCUGUAAAAGAGGAUAAACCAUCGGGAAGCAAAUCAUCCGGUUCGUCUCUUUUCGUAUCAACGACAUCAAAAACACCAUUACCGGCAAUCAGCAAAGAAACAGAAGACGCAUUAAAUUGUAUUUUACCACCGAGAGAAUGGGACGAAGAUGGUGUUAGAUGGAGACAGAAAGUAUCAACCGAACCGGUUACAAGAACAGAUGUAAUAAAAUUAGGAGAACAGCUAGAUUUAAGAUUACAAGAACGCCAAGCUAGAGUUAUCGGCGUUUGCCCUGUUCGAAGAGAGCUUUUUACGCAGUGUUUUGAUGAAUUGGUCAGACAAAUAACAUUGAACUGCGUUGAACAAGGAAUACUUUUAUUAAGGGUUCGUGAUGAAAUGCGUAUGACAAUCAGAACUUAUCAAGCCUUAUAUGAAAGUAGCAUCGCAUUCGGAUUACGAAAAAUAAUUCAAGCAGAGCAAGGUAAAUGUGAAAAGGACGAAUUAAUUGAAAAACUAGAAACUGAUAAGAAACAGCUCGAAGAAAAAAUAGAACAACUGGAAGAAAAAGCUCGACAAGUCGAUCGAAGAAAUACUGAAAUUCGUCUAGCAGAGCAAAAAAAAUACGAAGAUGAGAUGCAAUUUUUAAGAAGGACAAAUCAACAACUCAAAUUACAAUUAGAAGGCAUUAUAAACCCGAAGAAAUAACGAGACAGGAGAAUCCAAUCACGAAUAAAUAGGUAUUCCACUGAAGGAAUAGAAAAUCGAAUUUCAAAUAACAAACCGCUUAAAAAUACCAAUAAUGAAUGUGUUUAUUAGAAUUCGGAAAAAUAUAUAAAUAAAGAGAAAAAAAAUUGCUAAAUAAUUUACAAUACACACAAGUGCGUGUUCACAGUACAAUAAACGCUUUCAAAACAUAUAAAUACAAAAUAUGGUCAUAAAUAUAUAUAUAAAAAAAAAAAAAAACGUUCCAACGUGAUGUACAAGAACAAAAACGAUUUAUAAUUAGUAAUUGACAUUUUUCUAUUUACACAAAAAUAAAGAGAAAAAAUCACGAUACAACAGUGACGAUAAAUUCUCAACUGUAAUACUCACAAUUAUUCAAGUUAUAACAAUUUGAAAAAAAUACAACAUAGGUAUAUUUUGGUUUAAAUAACAUUAAAGAACAUGAAAAAAUUAAUUUAAAAAAAAUUAUAGGUUACAAAAAUAAAUAAAUAAAAACAAAUACAACUCAUAAUAAAGAGGAGAAAAAAAAGAGGCAAUAAAAAAAAUGAUCAAUUG